AUGUGGCUCCUGGAGAAGCUCCGCAGCUCUGUGGAGAGCAGUAAACGGACACAAUCUCAAUCCCCGCAGAUGGCAGAGGCCAUUCCUAUCUCUGUCUAUGUAAAUGUCCUCACUCCAGACAAAAUCCCCGACUUCUUUAUCCCCCCUAAACUUAUCUGCUGUCCACCCGAGGACUCUCUGUCCCCAGAACCUCGGCUCCUUUCCACCCUGAGACCCUCAGCCUCUGACCACGUCAUCUGCAGCCAGAGCCCCAGAGCUCGGAGCAGCAAGAACCCCUGCAGCCCUCGCAUGUUUUCCCGCCUGGGGGGUGACGCACGCAAUCUGCAGAAGUCAGCCAAUCGUCACAUCAUCCAAAUAGAGAGUGCGGAUGAGCCCGGGGCCGGCUCUGUGGACAGGGUCAGUGGGGAUGUCAACACCAAUGCAGACCCCCAGUCACAGACUGCCAUGUCCCUGCCGUAUGUCCCUAAGGCUCAGACCUCUUAUGGCUUCUCCACCCUGGUGGAGUCCCCUCACACCCGGCGCAAGGAGAGCCUGUUCCACAGCGACCCCGGCAGCCCGCUCACCUCCCCCAACUCGCAGAGGCGCUCCCAGGGGGGGACGCUGCUGGCCCCUUCUGACCCCAACCCCUACCGCUACUUCAGCGGUGGAGAGAGCGACACCUGCUCCUCUGCAGAGUCCUCUCCCUUCAACUCCCCCCUCCUGACCCGCUCUGCCUCCCUCUUACGCUCCAUCAGCCAGGAGACACAAUUAAAGCUGUCCCGGGCCAAGCGCUCCCUGGCCCGCCACAGUUCUCUCUCCACCGAUGAUUGCAGCUCAGCAGACAACAGCCCCAACAUGCAGCGCCGCCGCCAGCGCUGCCCCCCAUCGCCUGCCUUCCGAGGAUGUAAGAGCAGCGGCCUGAAGGGGGCAGCAGCGCACCUCCUUCAGCGAGAGCACACCGUCAACCUCCACAAGGGGGGGACACUGAGGCUGAGCACUCACUACGACCCGGAGUCGGCUCGGUUGAGGGUUCGGGUGCUCACGGCCGAGGCCCUCUACGACAGGCAGACGGAUCUCAAAAGCAUCAACUGCUGCGUGGCCCUUUACCUGAACCCUGGCAAGCAGCAGAAACAGAGGAGCACCAUCAUCAAGAAUAGCAGGAAUCCGGUGUUUAACGAGGACUUCUUUUUUGACGCGCUGCCCCAGGCCAAAGUGAAGAGUCUGGCCUUGAAGAUAAAAGUGGUGAACAAAGGAACGAGUCUGAAGAGAGAUGUGCUGCUAGGAGAGAGGGAGGUGCUGCUCAGCGAGCUGCUGGAAGUCCUCUAG